CUCCAGUCGCUUGUUGCUUGUGACACCCCAGUCAGACUGACUCAAGAAAGUCUGUCAACUCCUGCUGCUGAUUAUUCCCGCCUCGUUGUGUGUUUUGGGACGAAAAAAAUCAAUGCCUCUCGCCACUUUCUACAUUUAUUAAAUCCCCUCUUGAGAUGGAAAAAAACUCCGCAGAAGAUGAAUGCGUGGAUUCGGGAGCAGAAACUGCAGGAUAUUAACAAAUGGACCUCACGAGUGGUCAGAUUACAGUCCCUUGUCAUCUACUAGCAGCGACGUUUGGAUGGGCGACCUUCAGCGGGACCCCUUCCUGGUGAGCGUGCACCUGAUCGCGGACCCGGGCGAGGGCGGUGUCCUUCAGCGGGCGGCAGACAGCGUGCUAGCGCGGCUCCACCCGGAACUGCAGCUCUUCAGGGUGUCGGAGCGCGCCGCCGCGUUCUGCGAGCGUCCCCGACCCAAGCACCACCACGGGUACCAAGGGGGGGCUCCCCAACCGGCACUGGCGGUCAUUUUAUUCCUCCGGGAGGGCAACGGUGGCGGCCAGGAGCUGGCGCAUCCACCGUGGCGCUACCAUCACAGCGAGGUGGUGAGCGGAGGACGGCGCUUGGGGGCGCCGACCACGCAGGAUUUUUUCACGCUGGGGUCCGGCACCCCCUUGUGGGCUUUGAGGAGGGUGCGCUACGGUAAAGGGACCCUAAGGUUGACCCUGUACUGUUGCCAUGACAACUACGCCCACACGGUGCGGUUGUACAAGCUUCUGCUGGGCCGCCGGCUGGCCCACAAAAAACACGACUUCUGCUUCCUGGUGGUCUACGCCAACCCCCACCUGGAGGUCCAGAUGGCCUUCCGGAGGCUGCCCAGGGGGAGGCACCCGACCCCGCUGGACUCGUCGGCGGUGGAGGUGAGGGUGAGAGACGUGGGCGCCCUGGUGCCGCUCCUGCCCAACGCGUGCAGGCCCAUCAGUGACGUGAGGUGGCAGACCCAAGACUACGACGGGAAUAAAAUUCUACUGCAGGUGCAAGCUGCUCACCGGCGUCGUUGCCAUCAUCAUCCCCCCCAUCGGACGGCGCCCCGCCGCAAGGUCCUGCAUCAUCAGGCGUCCCUGCGCUCCCUCCCGUUAUGCGGCGAGGACGACUCCUAUCCUGAAUGGUUCCAUCCCUCGGAGGGCCAGGGGAGGGGCGUCCGCUCCGAGUCGCUUUACUCGCUGCCCAACCUUAGCUCUUCGCCGGGGCCCCCCAGCCGCUCCCUCCAGCAGAAGGCCUCCCUCGUCCCUCCCUUUCGCCUCAACGUGGACGCCCUGGUGGGCACCGAGGAGACGGAUGUGGACACGGGGACCACGGUCCGAGCAGGCGGCGUGGACCUUCGCGUGGUGUCGGCUUACGUCCACCAAGCAGGCCCGCCGGCAUCCCACUCCAAGCAUCUACAUCCAGAAGGCAAAACGGCCCCGCCGGAGCGGGCAAGGGACAGGAAUUUCUCCAUGACAUCAAUCAAUGGGGACGACCAUGAAGUGCUUCUAGAUGGACAUGCAGAGGAAGACGUCGAGGAAUUCUACAUUUGACGUGUAGCACUAUUCUCCCCUCAGGGGCCCAGGACGAAACUGUGGACUAUUUUUUAGACUGCAUGGAUGAUGUCGUUGUUCUCUUUAGUUGUAUUACGCAGGGCAGCGGUAUUUUCUUCAACGUGUAGGUUCAUAUUUAAAUAACUUCAUUGUGUUUACACUUC